AGGAUCUUUUGGAAGGGAAACUGCUACUUAAAGGCAUAUGCUUAGAGUGGCCAAUCAGUUUAGACAGCAAUAUUCUGCUGUUGUUCUGCUGUGAAGCACUUCCCUGUCUCUGGAAUCGUCCGGCAGUCACCUGCUUCCCGUGGAUACGAAAUGACCGAAUCUGUAUGAGGAGGGCAAAUGCUUUUCAUGUUUAAAACCUUUCUGAACUUUUCCUAGCUUGGAAGAGCAAACCUAAAAUUUCUAGAGGGAUGGCUUUAGAAACAUGUGGAAGCUGUUUGAGUUGUCUGCUGAUACCUCUUGCACUUUGGAGUAUUGUUGUUAACAUCCUUCUAUACUUCCCUAAUGGGAAGGCUUCCCAUGCUGCCAGUUACCAGCUGCCCAACUACGUGUGGUAUUUUGAAGGGAUCUGUUUCUCAGGCAUGAUGAUCCUUUUGUUGGCAGUAAUUCUAAUAACGCUGGAGGGUAACCUGUUCUAUCGCUGCUGCCAGAGCGAGAGCUGCAACAAAACCUACAGGAGUUUUAUUUCAAUUGUGCUAGCCCUGCUUGGAGUUGCUUUCUCUGGAUACAGUUGCAUCAUUUUUACCUUGGGGUUGAUACAAGGCCCCUUUUGCAAUUCAUCAAGUGGAUGGGAUUAUAUCUUCAAAGACACUGCUGGAGGGUACCUCACAGAUUAUCCUUCUUGGUCUCAGUGCACGGAACCUCCUAACAUAGUGGAGUGGAACAUCAUUUUACUCUCUGUUCUGAUAGCACUUAGUGGACUGGAGUUGAUUAUCUGUUUUCUCAAAGUGGCUGCUGAGCUGAAAAGGACACUCUGUGGCACCUAUUCUGUUUUUGUCCAGGCCAAUAUUCUAUGAAAAUGGCAAGAAAAAUCUCCACUGCUUCUCCUCCACCCCCCAGAAAGAGAGAAAUGCCUUCUCCAACAUUUCUGAUGGUAGAUUUGGGUGCUGCAAAGACCAAUGUAACCAUGUCUUAAAUCUCUGUCUCUCAAGCCUCUCUGUUUUGGAUGAAGUUAUUUGAACUGUUUGACAUCUACCUUUCCCCAGUUGUUUUCUACCAUUCUGGUUGUCCUUGGCAAUGACUUUUCUUUUUACCUUCCAUCUUGCUCUGACAAUAGGGAGGUUUGAUGGCCAUGGAACUGCUUUUGUAUUGAAAUCACCCUUUUGUGGAAUAAACUGCUGUAAAACUGCUAUUGAACUACUUCUAUACUCCCUUCUUUUUGUUUAGAAGAGAGGAGUGGUGUUGUUCCCAACAGGCCUGAAUCAAAGGCCAGUAUGUCAGGAGGGGUUGUUCCCUUGAGAAUGGAUGAAGCCAUGAUUCCUAAAUGAAUACAUUUUCAUUGCAGAAAGACCAUAAUGGCCAUGGAAAGCAGCAGCUGAUCCUACUCAUUCUGUCUUGGAAGUUCUGAACAGCUUUUAGAAAAGCAUCCAGGAUCUGAUUCAAAGAUCAGAUGCCCAGCUCUGAAGUCAGUCCUGCUCAUUUGUACACAUUAAUAGCUGCACUGGG